CAUUUCCCGGCAGGCAGUCGUCAUGAUGUUCUUCAUCACUAUCAACAGGAAAGGAUUCCUUCUGACAUUGGGCUUGGCAGGCUUCCUCAUCCUGAGCUCUACUCUGUACAGGAGGGUGUUCAAGAUCACUCUCUUUGGAGAUCACAACAGACUCAUGAACGAACCAGGGGAUUUUCUAGGUGCUUUGGAAACAAAUGAAGACUUUUGCCUUAGAUUCACAGGAAAUAGGAUUUGUCAGACAGAGAAUGCAGCCCAGUGCAGGGCUAGGGUGCAACGGUGGAAAAAAGAGCAGGAGGUGAAGGAAAUCCUUACAAAACUGGACCAGAUAAUGCCCAGCAUCACUUUCACAGAUAUAAUGACCACCACAAGUGCCAGGAACAGCAAGGCCACCAUAUUAAACCAAAAGGGUUCUUAUUCCAUUGGAGAUCCUUUGAUAGUUCGACUGGAUUUGUACAACCACUUGGGAAAGAGAAAGGAAUACGGAGGAGAUUUCUUACGAGUGAGGAUCUACUCUUCAAGUCUUAGAGCUGGAGCUUCUGGGCACAUCACAGACUAUAGGAAUGGGACAUACCUGGUCAAUUUCACUUUAUUUUGGGAGGGCGAUGUCAGAGUGUCCAUCUUGCUCAUGCACCCCAGCGAAGGGGUUUCUGCACUGUGGGCUGCGAGGAAGAAAGGCUAUGACAAAAUAGCUUUUACAGGCACAUUUUUGACCGGAACAUCACACAUCUGCACAAAAUGUGGUUUUGUCAUAGAGACAAACGCGGAACUGUGCGAGUAUCUGGAUGAACGAGACCAGGAAGCCUUCUACUGCAUAAAACCAAAGAACGUGCCCUGUGAAGCAUUUGUUUUCCUGAUGGCUGACAACAAGCCCAUCACAUACCUCACAUCCUUGGAGCACGGCCUUUUUAGGAGGGACAACAUCGGGAUCGAGAUACCACAGAGUUUUGGGGAGAUUCAUGUCCUAUCCUGUAAUAGAAGUGCGACGAUGGUGGCAAAAGACAAAUGCAGGAUCGGGAUGAGCUUGCCCGUUCCCAGCGGCUAUGCCUUGCAGGAGGUUUGGCACCCACACUUUUGCUCCGUAUCUGAUUUUAGCACUCUGGAUCGAAUCCAGGAAUGCCUGAAGAAGAAGAAGAUUUAUCUCAUGGGGGAUUCAACAUUAAGGCAAUGGAUCUAUUACCUUCCUGAAAAGAUGGCAACAUUGAAGCUCUUUGAUCACCACAGUGCUGGGCCAUUCAAAACACACAUAGCUUUGGAUCUGGAGAAGAGCACUUUCAUUCAGUGGAAAAGACAUGGAACCCCUUUUAUCUCUAGGAAGCUUUUCUCCGUAAAGGGCGGCAAUUACAUCACCAAUGAAAUUGACAGGCUGGCUGGGGACAAAGACACGGUUAUUGCCAUCACUCUGGGCCAGCACUUCCGCCCUUUCCCUAUGGAUCUUUUUGUGAGGAGGCUGCUUAACAUCCGCCGAGCCAUCCACCGCCUACUUCUGAGGAGCCCAGAAACAAGAGUCAUCAUCAAGACAGAGAACACCCGGGAGAUGGACACAGACAUAGAGCGGUUCAACAUUGACCAGGAGCGAUUUGGUGACUUCCAUGGCUAUGCCCAAUACCUUGCACUAAAGGACAUUUUUCGGGAUCUAAAAGUGGGUUUUGUCGAUGCCUGGGACAUGACGGUCGCCUACGGCACAAGCAACACCCACUCAGUAGAUCAUGUGGUUGUGAAUCAAAUUAAUAUGCUUUUAACUUACAUCUGUUAA